GCAGGGGCGGGUGCGCGUCGGGGCGGGGCCGCGCAGCAGGCGGCUCCGCGCCGGCUGGUGCCAUCUGGGAGCCGGGGCGUGGAGCGGGGGAGGGCGCAGGACGGGGACGAGCAUCCUCAAGGCCGAGGCUCCGGUUGUCUCUCCGGGCUCCGCGCCGGCGGGCGGGAGGCUCUUCGGUACCGGUGCCGGCCACGUACCUGCGGAUCGGCUUCCUUCCUCCUCCUCCUCCUCCUCCUCGCUGUGUUUCUUUUUGUUGUUUUGCCUUUUUUUUUUUUAUUUUUUUGUUUCUAAAUUUAGUUUGGUGGUGGUGUUUUCGUUUGUGGUUUUUAUUUUAUUUUAUUUUUUUUUUUUUUACCCCUCCCUCAAAUCCACGGAGACGCUUCUUAAGCGGGGCGAGCGCUGAUCUUACGUAAAUGGUGCUGCUCCGGGGAGGGCAGCCCCCCUGCCAGCCCCGGGCCGGGGGAGCGUCCCCGGGAGCCGCUCGCCCUGCCUAGCGACCGGGCCCCUCGUUGCCGCCGCAGCCCGGCCUGAGAACCGCACCGGCACCGGUACCGGCGGGUUGGGGCGGGCGGCCACCCGCAGCCCUCAGCCCCGUCCCCGGUGGGUUUGGGAGCCUCCGCGGACCGGCUGCGGGGAUGAUGCGGCGCGUCGGACCCCGCGGCGGGGAGGGCGUUAUGUCGGAGAGAUAACGCGCCUCCGCCAGCAGCCCGGGGGCAGUCUCGGUGCCAGCCCCCCCCACCCCCGGGAGCUGGCCGCCUGGGAGCCGCUCGCUGCUCGGCGGCCGGACUGGCAGCGGCGGGGCCGGGGAGCGGCGGGGCGAGGCCCGGCGGGGCGGGGGAGCGGCGGCCGGCCGUGCCGGGGCACCCCGGCUCCGGGGGGCGAGCGGCCGGGAGGCUGAGGAGCGCGGGCGGCAGGAGCGGGGAGGAAGAGGAGGAGGAGGAGGAGGAGGAGGAGGAGGAGGAGGAGGGCAGCGCCAUGACUCAUUUGCAGGCAGGUCUCUCCCCGGAGACUCUGGAGAAAGCCCGGCUGGAGCUGAACGAGAACCCCGACACCUUGCACCAGGACAUCCAGGAGGUGCGGGACAUGGUGAUCACCCGGCCGGACAUCGGCUUCCUCCGCACCGACGAUGCCUUCAUCCUGCGGUUCCUACGGGCCAGGAAGUUUCAGCACUUCGAGGCGUUUCGCCUCCUGGCCCAGUACUUUGAAUAUCGCCAGCAGAACCUGGACAUGUUCAAGAGCUUCAAGGCCACAGACCCGGGCAUCAAGCAGGCGCUGAAGGAUGGCUUCCCCGGGGGGCUGGCCAACCUGGACCACUACGGCAGGAAGAUCCUCGUCCUUUUUGCUGCCAACUGGGACCAGAGCAGGUACACACUGGUGGAUAUUUUGCGUGCCAUACUUCUUUCUUUAGAAGCCAUGAUAGAAGACCCUGAACUUCAAGUGAAUGGAUUUGUUUUGAUUAUAGACUGGAGCAACUUCACCUUCAAACAGGCCUCCAAGCUCACACCAAGCAUGCUUAGACUAGCCAUAGAGGGCCUUCAGGACAGCUUUCCAGCUCGGUUUGGAGGAAUACAUUUCGUCAAUCAGCCCUGGUAUAUCCAUGCCCUCUACACAGUUAUACGGCCCUUUCUAAAGGAGAAGACACGAAAAAGGAUAUUCCUGCAUGGCAAUAACCUCAACAGCCUGCAUCAGCUAAUACACCCUGAGAUCCUGCCUUCAGAGUUUGGAGGAAUGUUGCCCCCCUAUGACAUGGGGACGUGGGCAAGAACACUGCUUGACCACGAAUACGAUGAUGACAGUGAAUGCAAUGCGGACUCCUACAAUGCUCCUGCAAAGGAUAUAGAAAAGGACCUCUCUCCCAAAUCCAUGAAAAGGUCUCAGUCAGUUGUGGAUCCUGGGGUGCUGAAACGGAUGGAUAAGAAUGAGGAAGAAAACAUGCAACCUUUGCUUUCACUUGACUAACAGUUCCUGAGCAUCGGACAUGAACUGAGGUGGAAGGCACUGCCUCUCAGCAUCAAAAAAACGUUGGGGAAGAGCAUAUCAGCUGGAAUCCUAUUUACUUGUGUUAAUGUAGCAUAAUGGCAGCAGGCAGCAGGUUUUACUAUUCUGCCUGAAUUCUGGAUGCCCUUGGGUGAAAAAGAAGAGGAGAAAAAAGGAAAAUAAAAUGAAAUAAAAAAUAAAGAGGAAUCAAUAAUUUAUUCUGUAAGUGCCAACUUGUUUGUAAAUACAGUAUAAUCGUCUAAUUUGACUUUGUAAGUUAUGGUAAGCAAAUGCUAUGGCAAUGAAUGACUAUUAAAUAUGUCAGUGAAGUGCACCGUAAAAAAGAGAAGAAAACAUGUACGCACUCACACAUGCACACACAUACACACAGAGAAAUCCACACCGGACAAAGAAAGAUAUCAAAGCCAAUUAAACGUUGUCCUUCUCAUAGGAAGCCAUAUUGCAGCUAGUGUAUUGACUGCUGUUUUCUUUUCUCUCUGCAAUGCUCAUGUAGUGUGUGAAGAUAGAGGGAAUAUAGGAAUUUGGAGAUGCUGUAAUCAGUUGAAUAUUUCCGAACUGUAGGAACUGAUUACCCAAAUAACUCUGUGGUUUAGGAUUGUAUUUUAGCAUAAACCAUGUAGCAUUGAGAAAAAGAUAACAGAUGAGCUGGAACCAACUCUUUGACAGCUUUGUUGUUUGGCUAAAUGCAUCUGUGAGGUUUCUUCCUUAAACUUUCAUUUACAGUUCGCAAGUAACCUGGCUUGUCACCCUAAUCUGGGUGUUGUAAUGUGGUACACAUUGGAGUUACUUCUCUUGCAUUUUGGGUGCAUGUCAAUAAUUUUUCCAGAACUCUGUUCUCCCUUGGAAUGAGAAAAUAGUCCCCUAAAUACAGUGUAAUAAUAGGUAUUUGAAAGUAAAGCCUGGCAGCAGAGGUUAAAAGUUAAUCGUUGAAUCCUGUGCACUGGGAGACUGGAUACAUAUAUAUAUAUAUUUUUACCGAUCUGUGACAAGCAUACAAGGUGACAUUGUUAGACAAGUAUAUUUAAUUGAAGGUUUAUACAAGAAAUCAUACCUAUUCAAUGUACUUAGCUAUAUUAUAGAUUGUAUAUUGAGACAAUGUCAUUAUUAAUAUAGUAAAAUUUUCCAUGGAACAACAGCAUCCCACUUCAAGGAAUGAUUAAUAUGAAUAAGUUGUAGUCAAACAUCUCUGCCUAUGUGUUUAGGAUACUUUUGUUUUGGUUGUAGUGUAACUGUAUAUAUUGAACAUGUGCCAUAAUAGGGAAAUACAUCUUACCUCAAAAGGGCAACAGGUUUCACUAGGGAUUUGGUAAAUCAGCUGAAACACAAGGGCUGUGUCAUCUUUUUGUGAUGGUUGAUGUGUGUGCAGCCUGUAUGCUGAGGCAAGAAUGUAAUUUCUUCUUAGGAAUUUGCAAUCAGAGUGAGAAGACACAGGGUGCCCACCAAGACAUCUGAAUAGUUAGAGGUAUUGUAAGAGCAUGUCCAGGCAAUGCAGGGAUUAGUUGAGAAUACACUAACCACGAUGGAGGAGAUGGAUCACAGCAACCCUGCCUUGCAGGUGCCAGAGUUUAAAGAAUUUCUACCAUCACUUCAGUGAUCACUGAAGUUUCAAAAUCUCUGGUUAUAGGUCACCUUUCCUCUCCCAGGAUGACUGCAGCUUUAAGAUUUAGUAGGCUGAGAUGAGUUAAGAGAGAGCAGAGAGUGAAAUCUCGGAAGUGUGUUGUCUCAGAGUUGAGCUGUAACUUCGGUGGUGGCAGCUUUGGCGUUUCUCAGGGCUGAGACAACCCUGUCUCUUCCAGCAUCACCCUUGAUUAGCCCAGGCAGCACACUUGUAAAGCUUUCCUACUUCGCAGUUCAUUAGCAACGCUCAUAAAUAGUGUAUGCCCCAACACGCUAUCACAUUGCAGGAACUUGUCUGAACAAGUCAUUGCCUUUUUGCUCUCCUAAUUCUAUUUUCAUGGUACGUGUUAUGAAAUGCAAAGACAGCCUGAAUGUCUUUUCAGUCUGUCCUACAAGUUUCUACUGUCCUCCAGUAGAAGUUGUUGUAAUACUAAUAUGGUUCGAGAGACUUGGAAGAUUGAUGAAUUCUUAUAUACUGUUUUAUUCACUCCUAUUUUUCACAUACCUCAUAAUGUCAUGCUGGAUAUGUGAGAUGUGUCUCUAGGGUUUGCAUAAGUGCCAUAUUUGAAUGUAUGUUAUAUAUGCUCACACUCAUGGUUAGUAGAAGAGUAUAUUGCCACCAAUCUGGUUUUUAAAUCCAUAUCAGAUAAAACUCUAUGUUCAGUAGAAAUUUUCUCCUUGUAAGGGCUUCAGCAUUUAAUCAGUAUUCUAUAUGUAUGCAAACUGUGACACAGUGAUGAUCAAAAUCUUAGUGGAUGAUUUUGGAUACAUGGGCCAAACCUUGGUGUAAACCAGCACAAUGCUGAUUUUAGAGUACACCAGCUGUCUGGUCAGAAAAUGCAAAUGCCUCUUACAUCCCCAAAGAGCAUCUUUGUAGGAAAGUGUACCUCUUCAACUCUAUGGAGCUUAACAUUUGUUUUGAAGCUUAUAAAUUUGUUUUGUUUGCAAAUGCUUUAUUCAUGCGCUUAGCUGUAAUUUAUGUAAUGUUCUCUGAUGCCUGAUUUCAGCUUCAAGUUAAUGAGUAUUAGUAUACUCUUUCCCAAAAGUGAAAGUAGGAUAUAUUAUAAUUUUGUGUAACUGGGACCUCAUCUUUCACCAAGAACAAAACUACUUUUUCAGUAAGAUCCUCACUGUUAAAGAGUUGGGCUACAGGUCUUCUUGGCUGCAGCUUUUAUUUUGCUGAAGCAAAUUCUGGCAGUGGUAACUGCUGAUGUGACAUUGGUUAAGAAUAUGAAAAUGAGUAAGGAAAAUAAUUAUCCUUUACAUGCUCUCAGUAUUCUUUGAAGGCAUGUCUAUUUUACACAUGAAAAUACAUAAAGGAUUUCCACAUUUCCCUUUCUUCUUGUAGAAAAUCUUUAUAGGUAGGUCAAUUUUUAAUAGAUUCAACUUUGACUGAAAAAUUUUUCCAAUCUUUAUUAUCAUAGGAAUUGAUGUUUAAUUUUUAUAGCAGAAUAAAAAUGCUAAAAACAGAAUUCAAAUGCUUGGGAGGAAUUAAUCUUAAUUUCUUACCUUUGUUGUGUAUUGGGUAGAAUAAACCUUAUUGUAAUUAUGCAUGCUGAUAUGCAUAUUAAAAAAAUAUUCUGCAAUAUGAGGAACUUAGUGGAAAAACUGGAUACACCUGUCCAAGCAACUAAGUGAAAAAAAAAAAAAAAGCGGGAGAAAAAAAAAGUGUAAAAAUUGAUAUUUUCAGGCCUUUGGCUAGAUCUAAAAAUGUCCCUGUACAUGAUGCCUCUUCCAUGAGACAAAUUAAAAUUAUAUGGAAAAGCUCUGGAAACUUCCAUGCCCAAAGCCUUCCUCCUGUAACCAUAGAUGUCAGUGGUCUCUUGGAUUUAUAAAGACAGGUAAUCAGUUCCACUAAGAUCCAACAAAUACAAAGGCUCCCAAUAGUUAUUAGUUGUAAUAUAGAUUUAAGAUGUCUUUACAGCAAUGUAAAUUUACUGUAUAGCAUAUUUUAAAAGUUGUUUUGCACUCUACAAACAUGCUAUGCCUAGUCACAAAAGAUAUUUGUAGAGACAUACAUAAACUAAACAUGGAACUAAAGAAAAUAGGAGUAGAAGGAACCUCAAGAGGUCAUUGAUAUGUGGAGGAGCAGAUUUGGUUUAAUGUCUCUCAAAGAAUUGCUUUAGCUCACUACCUUGCAUGGAAUGUUCUUUGUAUUAUUUAAUCACAGUUACAGCAAAGCCUAAGCACAUUACCUAACAAAAUUGUAACCUGGCAGUAUUUUGUUCAUGCCUUUUAUUAUUUACCUGUUCUGUUUGGGAAAUUAAAAAGUUUGCCAAACAUCUUAAGAACUACGGUUUAGAAUUACCUGGGAAACACUUUGCAAGAAGCUUUGGUCAUGUCCCUGUUAUUCUAUUGUUUCUGUUACUAUCAGUGUAUGUAUUCGUUAAGACUUUCGAAAAACUCAUGUUUGAAAGAGCAUGGAAGAGAGAAAAAUUCAAAAUCAGGCAUCAGGAUUUUGUUUAUAAUUUUAAAAUAGUGUUUGAGGUGGGGGUGUGUGUGCUGAGUUUGCUGUUGAUAAUCUUUAUUUGCCUAUGGGGAAUGACCUGCUGAGAUAUCGACAGCAUUUGGUACUGGCACAAAUUUGGAAGAUAAAUAUCAUUGUGACAGGCAAGAGCAAAGGUCUCAAAGGAUUGUACUGAAAAAUCACUUAAUCACGUGGCUAGCUGUAGCAUGUCCUUCUAAAGAAAGACAUUUUGCAAGUAGCUCACGAGCAUGUAUUUGUGGUGCUGAGAAUAGUACUUUUGUCCAUGAAGUUCAAAGCACACUAUGAAAUCAAGAAAAUAAUAGUUAGCCCAUUUCUCAGGUAGCAAAACAGAAACACAGCCAGUUAGAUAUUAAAAUCUCAAUGGAAGGCAUUGACAUUGUGUUUAUAUAUGGAAAAAAUGAUACUUUGAUCACUCAGUCUUGUUUGAACUGCAGAAGAGAAAAUAUGCCCCUAUUUUAUGUGAGAAGAAUGUCUGGUUGUUGAUUAAGUCCUGUCUAGUUUCUUUAGAAACCUACCUAAAAUGUCUUACCAUGAGACCUUUGCAAACCAGGGGUGAUCUGCUUCCCUGUAGAAUUAAACCUGAAUGUACAUUUUACCAUUUCUGCUGAGGAAAUUGUAAAAAAGGAGUAUGUCCACCAAAUGAAAUGUCUUUCUUCCCUGUAUAAUUGAUGGGGAAAAGAAGUUGUUUACUCUGGAGACACUCAAAAGGAAAUAUUGGCUGUCCGGUAAAGAAUUCUGAACUUGGUCAGGGAAGAUCUCCUUUUAAGGGUUUUGAAAGAUGCUUAUUUCCCAUUAACUACACAAGGAAUGUUGGUGUUUUAUUUAGAGACAUGUUUAAGUGAUCACGAAUGGAAGUGCAAGCCAGGUAGAUAGGACCCCACAUCUGUAUUGCCUUGUAACCUUAAAUGAUCCUGUGUCAAGGGUCUGUAUUUAGCAUAUUGACUUGGACAUAACCUUCAGUCUGCAUUUCAGCUUUCAGUUGUGUGGGAAUUUUUUCCUAUCAGCUUUUGGGAUCUUAAUUUGUUCCCUUCAUAUGGGUCUAUCACCACAAAAUAGCAUUGACCCCUGUUGGAUUGCACAAUUGGCAAAGUGAUUUUGUUGUUAAAAAAUAACAACUUGUGGUAUGCUGGGCAGUGGUGAAGUUGAAACAUAGAUCACAAGCUCCCACUACUUUGUCACUCAUUCUCCAGUGUUUUGUCUGUGUCAGCUGCUUCGAUUGAUAACAGACGCGUCAGACUCACACGGUGAGUUUAAAAAGAGAGAAGAAGGAGAUGUUUCUGCAGUGAGUUCAAAAUCCGAGUUAAUGAUAUUACUGAGGAAUCCAAAUGGAGGGAAAGCACUGCACACAGGCAAAAUAGAGAGACCUCCAAGGGAAGAUGCUGGUUGUUCUUUAUGGCAUGCAAUUUUGUUAAAACACGGCCAAAGUAUUUUAUCUAUGGGGACCAUGGUCAGCCAGCUCUGUUGUUUCUGAAUCAGUCAUUUACAACAAAUUCUCUCUAGUAAAGGUGUGAAAAAGUUUCCUUUUGCUGUUAGUGGAGAAUUCGCUUCCAGAGAAUUGGCAUAUCUGUCAGUUUGUGGCAGACAAAUAGCGGGAGUCAAUUAAGAUUUGUAUUUGAUAUGGAAAUGCUGCUGUGAUCCCAUAAAGAGGCUGUUGCAUCAUUGGCAACACACAGCAGUGCCUAAAGGCAGUCAUCUCAAAUCAGAUUCCUUGGUUAAUAAAACUUUAAGGGGAGAAAAAAGCAAGGGAAAAGAUAAUAGAUGAUGAUAAAGUGCAAUAAUUAAAAUAAAAAACAGAAGCAAGCCUGCAGUGGAAAGCCAUAUGAAUGGCAAAAAUUAUGUGAGUGAACUUGUAUGAACACUUCCAAGAAGUGAAUCAGUAGUCUAUCUUGUGCCCCCUAUCUACAUUAUGAGCAGAGUUCCCAUUUUUCACAUGGUCUACCUUGUAUGGUCAUGGUGGAGUUUCCAAAAUCUUUAGAAAAUGCUUGAGUUACCAUGUGAAGCUGUAAGUGCAGUAGCUGAGCUUGUGAACAUGGCUUAAUGGAUCAGUGCAUGCCACCAGAUCCUCACAUGGAGAUGGACCCUGGGCUGACUCAGACCUGGUACCCAAAGGAAUAUGUGAAAUGCCGUGUCCUGCCUUGUUGAAGAAGCCUUGAGGGUGAGAAGGAAAGGAGCCACGUGCCCAUAAGGAAAGGUGGGAUCCCUAUGGAGAAAACCACAAUAGGGAGUUGGAGUGAACUGAUCAAGCAUUUUAAUGUAAUGGUGAAGGAGGUUUUCACUUGCUCUAUAAUGUAAACAAAGACUUACAAACCCCACCACAUAAAUGUCAUGAGAAAGGAGAGAGAACAUCUUUCUCUCUUUCCAACAGAAACUUGGUUUCAAUAUAUUUAAUCCUGAUGUAUAUGGCAGGCCUGCACUGCCUCUGCUGCUGCUGUUUCUAUGGUGGCUUUUGGGUUGCGGGUAUCCUGUAGCAUGCAGGAGCUGGAAAGCUAAUAUUCACCCAGCUGUCCAUAGGAAGAGAAGGGAGGGAUGUAUUCUGCAAGUCCCUUCUGCAGAGAUAAUCUCGUGGGAGAAUUCAGCACUUGCUCAGCCUGUCUUGCCCUGACAUCAAUAUCGGUGCCUACUGUGUGUAAGAAGGCUGUGAGUGUAAGCAGUGUGGGAAUCUCCCCUGUGCACCUCUGUGUCUUGUGCUAAUUAUGCAGCCUUUGAGCUGUAGCUGGUGAUCUGUGUCCUGUGUCUUUAAACAGUUCUGCUGGUGAUGUUAAUUGUAGCCAUUAGUCACUCAGAGUGGAGAUGAUUUAAAUGAAGCUGAAUGUCUAAAAAUAUUAAAUUGGUGAUUGUUACAAGUAAUGCCUAAGAUUAUGGUAAUUUACAGAGUUUCAGGGUUUGGUUGCAUUGUAUCCUUGAUGGGAGUUAGUAUAUAAUCACUUUCCCUUAAACAUGGUUUUCCCUGAGGUUCAUGUGCAUCUUUCAUGCGUCGGUAGCAGAAGGAAUUAAAUAGAAAACAUGAUUCUAAAACUAUUAAUAUAUUCAGAGGGGCACAUGUAGAAUUCCUGACACUGUUAAAAAAAAAAAAAAUUGUUUAGCAGUUAACUAGUGUUCAACUUGAAGAUAAUGUCUCUUAAAUCAUUUGGUUCUCUAGCUCUUUCACCCUAUGGCCUGCUGUGUAAAAUGUGCCCUACAAAAUUUUCCCAGCUCUGCAUCCUUUCUUCUCCUUCCCCUUUCAUUCAACAGCAGCCUGUCUUCUGUACGUGCUUUAUUCUGUGAAUAACUGGAGAAAACUGUAAAAAAACCCAACACUGAUAAUCUGCAGACUAGAGCUUGGGGACCACUAUUUUAAGUAUUUCCCUUAUACAAAUCUCUGGUAACAGGGUAAAAUGGAAAAUGAGAGCAACAGCUGACCUCACCAUAGAGGAAUACAAAUAAGACUCUGUCUAGGAGUCCACAUGGGUGUAGAUACAGUCAUCUGAGACAGUUCUUGUGAUUUACGAUGUUACCUUCCCCUGACUGUUAAUUAUCACUCUUCAGGUAGGGACUACUGCCCCAACAUUUAAGCAACAGCAGAUUAUGAAAGUACUCCUGUCCCAAUGAAGGUUGUGCACAGCUCACACUUACUGUUGAUUCUGCACUCAUGCAAAUGUAAAAGCACUCACAUAAUCUAUGAAUACAACUCUGUUAUGAGAAUAAUGAUUAACAGCUAGUCGUGGCGACAUCUCAAAUUGCUAGAUUGGCUAUCUGUGCCUUAAGGCUCUCAUGAUCUGUAGUACUUGUGUAGCAGUAAUCACUGAAUAAAGUUUUUUUUGCACACAACAAUCUACUUUGGAGCCUUAUGGAAAAAACUAUAGCACCAUAUCAAAAAUUCAAAAAUUAAAUUACAGGAGUAAUUUGUAAACAGUGCUUGUAUCCUCAGGAUAAAAUUUGUUUGUUUGUUUCUCAGUUUAGUACUGUUAGGACUCAGGGGGUCUGAGAUUUGUAAAGCCAGGACAAGUCUAUCAAUCAUGUUCUCUCUAUGUAUAGUUUCAGUAACUAUUCUCUUUUCACAACUUGUCAGUUUGAAUUUUAUUCUUGGACCUAGUAAGAUGGUUACUUUUGGUCUGUUGUGUUCCAACCUAAAAUGCGAAGAUGAAGCAACUUUGUGAAACAUGUCACUCUUUAUAUUGUAUAUUUAAAUAUCAUCAGCUCUCUGUGAUCAAUGGGCUGUUUUGGAGAGUACUACUACUUUAAAUCAUUGUUGGUUACUGAGGAAGAAUGACAUUAUGUUAAAUAAAAUAAAAUAUGACCAAACGAAAAUUAAAAUACAUAUAUAUUUUUGUGUUUGUA